GGGGCCAAAUCCUAAAGGGUCAGGAGCAGAGGAAGACCUGAAGGGGGCCGGGGCUGUUGCGAAACGGAGGUGAUGCAAAGUGGCCCCAUGUGGGUUUCUUUUAAAUCUUUAAUGCCCAUACCCUAGUCUCAGGCCCAUGGAGCCCACGCGAGACUACCCACUGUUCGGGGGCGCCUUCUCCGCCACUCUCCCUCCGGGGGCCAUCGACGUAAGCGACCUCCGACCGGUCCCGGACAAUCAAGAAGUUUUCUGCCAUCGCGUGACAGACCAGAGCCUGAUCGUGGAACUUCUGGAGCUGCAGGCCCACGUGCAGGGCGAAGAGGCGGUGCGGUACCAUUUUGAGGACGUUGGCGGGGUGCAGGAGGCUAGGGUUGUGCAAGUGGAGGCUGUGCAGCCCCUCCUUUUGGAGAACCUGGCCCUGAGGGGCUGCUGUCAAGAAGCCUGGAUCCUCUCUGGCAAGCAGCAGGUAGCUAAAGAAAACCAGCAGGUAGCAAAGUAUGUGACACUGUACCAGGCCUUGCUGCGGCUGCCCCAGUACCAGACUGAUCUCCUGCUCACCUUCAAUCAGCCCCCGUAAGGAGAACGGAAAGGCCCUGAGAAUAGGUCAUCUCUUGGCCCUGAAAAUCUUUCACUUCCGCCCUGGAGCCUGGGUGACUUUGAACAGUUGGUGACCAGUCUGACCCUUCACGAUCCCAACAUCUUUGGUCCCCAGUAAGGACGCUGAAAUGCUGCAUGCUGCUUCUGAAGACUUGGGGCCUCUGUUCUGCAAGGGGAUCAAAGGGUUGGAUAUAUUCCCCUAAUUCCUUCCCAGUGCAUAAACAUAAGACACCUACUCUCUGCAGAAAUAAACUUGCUUUAUAACCAA